GUCUCCGUGAAGUCGCCGGGCUCUCCAGUCGCAUUGCUUGACUUUUUAAGGAGCGACAGUCUGACGGGCGGGCAGGCGGCCAGUUGGCCGGCCGGCCGGCCCUCCGUGUGUCGCCGCGAUGUCGAGUUUCGGAGGGUCGCUCCUGUCCUCGUCUUCUUCCUCGGACGGCUUUCGUACGUCUGCCCCCUUCGCCGAGCCCCUCUCGGAUAACGAAUGGUUUUGGGGGGCCUCCUUGGCGCCGGCCGCCCCCGUUCUCCUGUCUCGGGACCUCCUGUGGAUCUCCGGGCAGCUGAGGGAGGUCCAGAAGGCCAUGGACGGCUGCAGGCAGCUCUUCUCGUCCGAUGAAGGGGAUCACAGCCUGCCAGCAGUCCAGCUGAAGCUCCGCUUGCAGGAGAUGAUUGGCGCCCUUCACCCCCUCCUGCAGCGAUACCCGGCUCUGAAGUCGGCAGCUGUGCGCCAGGCCCUGGUGGAUCUGUGCAACUCCAUUAAUGAAAUGAACUGUGAAGACGUCAGGAAGGAGAACAAGCGCUACAGCGAAAUCCUGCGGGAGUUUGACGCCUUCGAGAUCUCCAUCGCCAACACUACGGUGGAGACCCUCCUCGGUGACCCCGACACACACUCCAUCUGCACGACGGUCUCUGAGGACACAACUGAAGUGGACGAGUUGACGGCAGAGGAUGGUUUCCUCACGGAGGAGCGGCCGGACUUGGAAGAGCCGAGCGUCAUGACAGUGCAGGAAGCCGAUGCCAGCCUACUGCGGAGCGAUGGUGGCGUAGAGCUGGCCCUCCAGUACUCCAAGAUGUGGUGCAAGUAUGCCAAGGAGCUGCUGACCUGGAUGGAGAAGAGGCUCACUCUCGAGAUGGAGUUUGCUAAGAACAUCGUGAAGACGGCCGAGUCGGCGAGGUCAGCGGUCACCCAGCAGGAUUUUAUGCCCCUCCAGUUCAUCUACACCCUGGCACUGGACCACGAUGUGAAGUGUGGCACCACAGUGCGUGACACGGGUGAGAUUAUCCAGCAGCGCUGCAUCCAGGCUCUUUCUGCCAAGAAGAAUGAGAUUGACAAGUGGAGGCGCGAGUUCAAGGAGCAGUGGAGCCGUGAGCAGAAGAAAAUGAGUGAUGCCAUCUCUUCCUUGAAGAAAGCCCAGCAUCACUACAUCCAACGCUGCGAAGACCUGGAGAAGGCACGUGCCCUCAGCACGCGGGCAGAGGAGGAGCUGUCCAGUGGGCCAGGGGGCAUGUCCAGUGGCAGCGCCACCAAAACCCUGGAGAAGAGACGGCGGUCUCGGGAUGAGGCCCAGACCAAGGCGCAGGAGGCCGAAGCCAACUACCGGGCAUGUGUCAGCGAGGCCAACAGCCGCCAGCAGGACCUCGAGAAGGUGAAGGAGAAGAUCGUCGUCCACCUGCGCAAGCUCAUCUUCCAAGGGGACACCGUUCUCAAGGAGGUCUCGGUGAACCUCUUCCACUAUCAGCGGCAGCAGACGGAGCCCGUGCCGGUGGGCUUCCAGAACCUGGGGGUCACCUGCCGGCCCUACGAGUCCGGGGAGCACUACCUGCGCUUCAUCGAGCACAAGCGGCGCCGGCAGACUCGGCCCACUGCCUUCAGCUUCCGGGAGUUUGUGCCACACGGCAAGAGGUCACCUGCCACUGGCCACCGAAAGGACAGCAACCAGAAUUCUGCCAGUGCCAUCAUGGACAUGUACCCACUGCCCGAUGAGCAGCUAGAAAAGCAGUCAUCCAGUGGCAAUGAGAUUGCUCAUCAGGUCCGCAAACUGGAGAAGGCGCCCUCUACUGGCACCAUGUCAUCGGAGGACUUGGAUGACAAGGAGCUGGGAGUGCCCAGUGAAGCAGACCCCAGUGACAUGACCGGUGACAAUAAGCUGAAAAACAUCGUGGUGUCCCGGGCGGCACAGACCCACCGGCUGAGGAAGAUGAAGGGCAAGGUUGGACGAUGCCGGCAGUGUGACAACUACAUCCUGGUGAAUGGCAUCGAGUGUGAAGAGUGCAACGGUGCCUUCCAUCGCAAGUGUUUGGAGUUCUGCCAGCAUGAGUGUGAGCAACCAAAGCUGGGCACUGUCUUUGGGGUAGACUUUGCCCAGGUGCCCAGGGAGCACCCAGAGGAAGUGCCCUUCGUAAUCCAGCAGUGCACACGAGAAAUUGAGCAGCGGGCAUUGGAGGUGCAGGGUGUGUACCGAAUUAGUGGUUCCAAGCAGCGGGUACAGAAACUGUGCCAGGCCUUUGACAGCCAGCUGGAAGACGUGGACCUGUCGGAGCAUUCGCCACACGACAUCACCAAUGUGAUCAAGUACUUCUUGAAAGAGCUGCCCGAACCAAUUGUGGUCUUCCGGCUCUACAACAACUUCAUGGCUCUAGGCAGGGAUGUCCAGAGGGUGGUGGACAAGGAGCAGGGGACGAAUCUGAGUGUGGAGUCACUUGUGCAAACUGCCCAGGCGCUGCUGAGCCGGCUACCUGUGGCCAACUACUACACGCUGCGGCACCUGGUCAUCCACCUUCACAGAGUGGCGGAGCAGUACGAGGAGAACAAAAUGUCUCCUGGAAAUCUUGGCAUCAUCUUUGGGCCGACACUGAUGCGACCAUUGGUGGAGGGUGACAUCUCCAUGAUGGCGCUGCUGGACACCAGCUACCAGGCCCUGCUGGUUGAGUUCUUCAUCCUACAUUGUCGGGACAUCUUUGGAGUGGAGGAAGUGGGUGACGCCAAGAAAGACAGGGGAACGCUGCUGGAGGAGUCUGCUGAGAGGCUGGCAUCCACAGAGAGCCUGACGUUGAAGCGAGACUCGAGUGAGGGCUACCUGUCUGACAAGUCGUCUUCCAACGAGGCGGUGGAUGAGCUCAGUGUGGACGGCGGUGGCCAUGGCGCAGCUGUCCACACACUUGUGAGUCGCGGCUCGGGAUGCGGGGACACGGAUGAGCCGGACUCGUUGGGGGGCUCUCAGAGCCGCGCCCACUUCAGCCGACAGCCCAUCAAGCCGCAGAAGCAGCCGGUCCUCAAGAGCAAACCGGUCAUCCUGAAGGUGGCCUCCCUGCCUCGCAUCGUCUCCUCUGAAAUGUGCAGCGAUGAGCCCGAAGUCCGACCGAGGACGGGCAGUGGGGACAGCAGCCGGAGCUCCUCUCCAGAGCCGGGCACCCUGCGUCGCUCGGGUGGCACCUACAACCGUCAGCGGCAGCGCUUCGAGAUGACGCAGGAGACGGCGCGACUCAUCUCCAAGGCGACGGGACACACGGACUCCUGCAGCGGGCCAAAUGCCACAGCCACGGGGCGGGUGGAGGAUGGCGAGCCCCCCAGCCAGAAAGAGGGCAAUGAAUCGAAUAACAACAGCAAUGGCCCACUGGACACGGGUAGCGUCACCCACGUUCGGAGCAACGGCGGGCGGCGAGACUUGGGUGAGGUGCGCACGGUGGAGCAGAUGCUGUCCGGACUACAGCUGCGCCGUGGCCAGCAGGAGGCGCCGGAGGGCAAAGUCUACUUUGUGUAAGUUUUGUAUGCUGUGAGCGCCCCCUAGAGGGGCAGGACUCUUCAGUGGUGGACCAUUUUUAUUAUUUGUAAAAAGAGGACAUUUUCUUAAUAAACUAAACGUGAACUGGA